AUGUUCGGAGCAUUUAGAGCAACCAUGGUAGCGUGUGGUGGUUUAUUAUGGAAAAAUCCUUCAAACAUGAGUAGAACGCGUAAAGCUAAUGUACGUAAACGGUUAAGAGCUGUAGAUACUGUCAUUGAAGCUUUGUCGAAAUCAGGCGUUAAAUGUAAAGCUUUGGAUUACGCUCGUUCAUUACCUAAAGAAUCAGAAAUGACACCUCGUGACAAAUAUACUGUCUUUAGUAGAAAACAUAAAGGCUAUAGAAAAUCUUUACAUAAAGUACCAAAAUUCACCAAAGUUACCAUAAGAACAACACCUCCUGGUUUUUAA